AUUCUACCUCUACCUCCAUACCCAUACCCACCUAUCACUCACUAGAGCAGCUAGUAUGGAUAUCCUUCUGUCCGAAAUCAGCAACAAGCGCAAGGACCUGGCCGACCCGCCUUCGGGGAGCUCCCGACCUCAAAAGUACAUGAGAAAGGCAGACAUCGAUCGAGCUAAAGAGGAAGAAGCGAAGAGGAAACGUGAGGCUGAGGAGCAGAAGAAGCGGGAGGAAGCAUUAGCAAAGGAAAAGGAGAAGAACGCUCGUCUUGCCGCAAUUCGAAACCGAUCGACAACGGCUUCCCAAUCUCCCGCACCCGAAGCACCCAAAGCUGAAGCGUUCAACAUCUCCGCCUCGGAAUGUAUUCGACGACUUCGAGCCAAAGGUCAACCAAUCCUCUUGUUCGGAGAGACGGAAAAAGAACGACGGCUACGUCUACGAGCGCUCGAGCUGCUGGACGAGCGGGGCGGACAGGGAGGAACGAACGAGUUUAAGAAGGCUCUCGAGGAGGCACAAAAGGCGAUGGAUUAUAGGGAAAUUGAUAAUCGAGGCAAGGGAAAGGGAAAGGGUCGUGAAGGGGAUGGUGAUGGCGAGGACGGCGAGGGCGAUGAGAGCGUGUCGAGGCGCAAGCUGAGGGAGGAACCGGAAGUCCUGGAUCUGGAGUUGGUCAAGACCGAACCCAAGAAGGUGUAUCCCUUGAUCUACUAUGCGCUCAAGGGAUGGUUGCAAGAUUGGGAAGAUUCCCUGGACGACAGACCAGACGUCGUCAAACGAUCCGUACAAGGACGAAACGCAGCCGCCACCCAGGUCCAAACAGCACAAUACCUGAAACCCCUCUUCAAGGCCUUGCGAGCGAGAGACCUCGAACCGGACGUCUUGCGAUUACUCGCUGAAGUCAUCCACUAUGCCCAGAUGCGAUCUUAUCAACGGGCCAACGACGCCUACUUGCGUCUGAGUAUCGGAAAUGCCGCUUGGCCCAUUGGAGUUACCAUGGUCGGUAUUCACGAACGUUCAGCCCGACAAAAGAUUGGAAUCGACAAUGUUGCGCAUGUGCUGAACGACGAGGUGUCGAGAAAGUACAUUCAGAGCGUCAAGAGGCUACUGACGUUCACCCAAUCCGUCCGACCUCCAUCGGAUGUUUCGCAACUGAUGGGAUAGCUUCACGCUCUUACUUGUAUUGCCAUAUAUCCUUGUUAGCACACCACAAUCGAACAUAUCCCAGGCACACGCAAAGACCGAGAAUUCAUGACUCCACGCGUGCCUUUAGCUGAUCAUUGAAAAGACCCGAA